AUGUAUGCUGUGACUAUUAGUGAUGAGGGUGACUGUAACCGGUGUUUCCCGCCCGACCUGGGCAUUGGUACUGCUGCUCUAGGUGCUGGUGAGGCUGCUGCUCUAAGUGCCAGUGCGUCUGCGCCCUCAGGUGCUGGUGAGUCUGCGCUCUCAGGUACCACGUCGGCUUCGGCCUCUCUCACCUUCACACUUGACUCGGGGGCUUCUCACUCCUUCUUUCGAGACCGCACCACACUCACGCCGCUUGGUCGGCCAGUUGCAGUCUCCCUGGCAGACCCCUCUGGGGAUCCUGUCCUCUCUCACUUCUCCACUGUCCUCCCGUGUCCGGCUGCCCCCUCUGGCACCUUGUCUGGUCUUUACCUCCCCUCGUUCUCUACGAACUUGGUGAGUGGUGCUGACCUGCAGGAUAUGGGGGUUCACCAGUUCACUCCUGCGAGUCAGCGGGUGACCCACUGCACGGACGCUCGGACAGGCCGACACCUGGCCACGUUUACACGCAUGGCUUCCCGUGUCCUUCUCUCUGGUCUUCCCCGGUCCCUCCCUCCCCUUCCUCCGGGGCCUGGUCCUUCCUGUGUCCCCUGUGUCGAGGGGCGGCUCCGAGCUGCCCCUCACUCCUCUCAGUUUCCCCCGACAGAGGCCCCGCUGCAGACGCUUCACAUGGACGUGUGGGGCCCGGCCCGCGUCCGUGGACAGGGUCACGAGCGCUACGUCAUGUUGGUGGUUGACGACUACUCGCGUUACACCACAGUCUUCCCCUUGCGCAGCAAGGGUGAUGUCGCUGAGGUGUUGAUCGAAGAGCCAAUGGCCUUGAAGUAA